CUCCGUGCCCUCGGCCCGGCCAUGUCCGGCCGCAGCCCGGGCGUUCCCCGGCGCUUCCAGGAGCUGACCGUGUGCCGCGGCUACGGGCCGCCCCCGGCUCACCCCCGCUUCAGGACCGCCAACCAGAGCUACGGCAGCCGGGCCCCCACCGUGCACGAGCUGCCGAGCUCCUUCCACACCAUGCCUCACAAGUUUUCGGACCAGCUGGGCAAGAGCGGCAUGUACAGGAACGGCAGCCUGAACACGGCUCUGGAGAAGAGCCACUGCACGGGCUCGGACACCUUCAUCACCGCCUACGAGCACCUGGAUUUCCACCCCAGCUACAACCCCAGCGGCCCCUCGCACUGCAGGGACCAGCCACCCUAGCCAGGCUGUGUGCCCACGGCCAGCACCCCUCACACCACGCAGGGAGUGCUGCCAGCAGUCCUGCAUCAAAGUUUCAUGUGCUUAAGUGUUAGGUAGCUCGUGUGAAGCCUUUUGCCUGAUUUAUUUAGAAUGUAAAUUCUGUAUUUAUCUCCUCUCUCACUAAUGACCCUUUACACUCUUGCCUCAUGUAGCAUGUUUCAUUAAAAAUUAAGAUUUGAA